CGUCACGCAACAAUGAACAAACAUAUGUACAGAUGACAAGGACAAGUGUGUUGAUAAAAUGCGAGGUCAAGUCAGACUUCACCAGGUUCUAAUCAUUUAUUUGUGCUCCAAUGUACUUUUAGUAGAUAUCUUUGCCGAAAAUUCGGGCAACUCAAGUUAUUCAACAAAUCAAACAAAUACCUACCACAGAUGCCCGUCGACUGUCAAUAUCUAUACCAAACGAUACUUCAACGAUUAUAUAGAAAUCUUUGACAAUGGAACUGUUUUGGGAAUAUUCAGUCCACUGUUGCAAGAUAACUUAGCAAAAGUGUGCUGUGAAGGUGAAAAUAUCUCCAUAAAUUUCGUAAAUGAAACUUCCAAUUUCUCAGUACAGAAGAUUUUAUUUACAAAGCGAGAUGAACGACGGAAAUCUCAGACUUUCGAUAGUAAAACACUGGAUUUAUAUUUUCCCACAUUUACCGCGAGUUUCGAAGCAUCUAGAGCUUAUAAAGAAUUCUAUUUUGUCGAGAUAAUGAGAUCCCCUGGUCCAGCGCUUAUAAUGUUGGCGGAUGAGUUGAAACUGGGUACCGAUCCAACGCGUGUAUUAAUCGAAUGUUGGCCACUUUUUGUCUUACUUUUUGUCAUGGCUUGGUUUGUCGGAAUCCUUGGAUGGUUUUUGGAUCGCAAGAAAAAUGAAAAUGAAUUUCCAAACAAUUUUUAUAAAGGAUCAUGGGAAGGAUUUUGGUGGGCUAUGGUUACGAUGACAACUGUAGGCUAUGGCGAUAAGUCUCCAAAAUCAAUUCAAGCACGAACUCUUACUGUUCUUUGGAUGAUCACAGGCACCAUAAUUACGUCAUUGUUUACUGCUAAUGUCACAACAGUUCUAACGACAAAGAAUGUUGCGGCAUUACAAAAUGUUGUGGGACACAAGGUCGGAGUCUUAAACAGCAAGCAUUUCUUCCAACGUGAAAUCAACGAGGGUGCCAGUUUUAUAGAAUUUAUGGAUGAAGAAAAAAUGUACGAUGCAAUUUAUAAGAAAAAGAUUACAAGAUAUAUUGCCCCAAAUUAUUUAGACCAUUUGUACUUUGACUCAAGGAAUCAUUUGAAAAAAGGUUUCGUGGUUGCCAAGGUUGUGAAGCACCCAUUCUCAGUUGGGUUGGGUCUUGUUGAUGACCCUAAACAUCUUAAUGAAUACACGGAAAAUUUUCUUAAGUGUUGGGAAAGAAAUAUCAUUAUGAAUUACGAAGAGAGUGGAAUAGACUACUCCGAAAUCGACCCCAGUGCAUAUCACAUAGAAGAAGACGCAAAAAGCUUACUAAAUCAAAAUAGUAUUUUAAGGUUAAUAUAUGGUCUAUUGGGCUCGUUGGUCAUCUUUUUCAUCUUGGGUUCUCUUUGGGAGUUUUGGAAAAAACAACGUCGCAAUUUAGAUAAAAUACAAAAAGCAGAUGAGAUGGAGCUUGCAAGUCGAUAUUCUCCUACUUUACAUUGAGGAAGCUAAAGAUGAAUUGAGCAAACAAUUCUGACAAUUUUACGUGCUUUGAAAGAUGCUAGGUUUUCUGUCAAUGGCUCUGAUAAACUUCAUUUUUUGGUUUCCGUCAUGUUGUACGAAAUAUAAUGCCUAUGUGUUUAAUGAAACUUA